UAAAAUUCUGUUUUCAAAUGUCCAAGAUGGAGACAAUUCUGUGGGUUACUUGACAAACAACACAAAGGGCCAUUCCUUUGAACAUGGACCCAACAAUUCAACUUACAAAAAUAAACUGAGGAAAGUCUCUUUCCUGGAAAUUUUGUUAGAUGCAGAAAUUCAAGAAAAAAUUGAUGAGGUAAAAAAGAAAGAGAAAACUGCCAUGCUUAUACCUCCCAGGCUUUUCGGUCCCAAAUUUAAACGCCAAAUCUUUCCAAAGAAAUUGGAAACUGCCCAAGGACAGGAAAAGAGCCUUCCCAAGGCUGAGAAUGUGUGGAAGAGGUGGUUUAGAAUAAACAGGGUUCUCAAGGGCCCUAAGGACCUACAGAAAAGGCACUAUAAGGAAGUGGACGUUCAGAGCACCCAAGGGAAACAGAGUGCCCAGUCAUUUGUGAAGAACAUGCCCAAGGAAAGAAGGCUCAGUAGACCAUCCCCAAGGGAGCUGGAGCAGCUUCACAUGGACCAGAGGCCCAGGAAAUUAGUGGGAAACUCCGUCCACACAGAGCCUUCAUUCAUAAAGGAGCACAAGGCAGCAGCCUCUUCUUUCCUGAAGCAAUACAUAAUGGGCAGGCCUUCUGCCUCCACUGCUCCAAAAUCCCUACCUAAGUUGCGAAACAACUCAAAAGACUUAACCUAAGCCAUUGUUGUUUUAGAAGAUGCAAAUGCUAGAGUUAGGGAAAUGGAGGCUUCCAGACCAGUCUCAUAUUCUGGGAAAAAGUAUAUUUUCCAUAAAAUUCACUCACGUAUAGUCCGAAGAACACCCAAGACCAAACAAAAUCAAAAGUUCAGAAAGAAAAACUCACACUUGAAUAUAUUGAUGCCUGCACAGAGGCCUCCAUUGCCUGCAGUCAGGAGCCUCAUAGAUUCCCCUUCACGGGAGGCUAUUUCAUCUUCAGAAGAACAGACUCAGGAAAAUCCUUUUCCAGAAUUAUUUACUCUUUCAGAACCUUCUAAAGAAAACCAUACUCACUACUGUAUCAGAACAAACUCCCCUGAAUUCACAAACCGUAGGAAUCUUUCCACUACAUAUUCUACUACCACCAGAGACAACUUUGUUCAGACUGUUAAACAAACCAAUGAAACACAAUGGGAAUACCACAACUUGGUCCCUGACUUGCCCCCAAAGCCCACAGGCUUCAGUGUUGCAAAGCUCUCAUCCGCAGGUGAUCUAUUUGAAAUUCAGCUAAACCAGCAGCUACGGUCCCUCAUCCCGAAUAAUGACGUGAGAAGGCUCAUUUCUCAUGUUAUCCGGACUUUGAAAAUGGACUGCUCUGAGGCCAACGUGCAACUGGCCUGUGCCAGGCUUAUCUCCAGAACAGGCCUCCUGAUGAAGCUUCUCAGUGAGCAGCAGGAAGUAAAGGUGUCCAAGGCAGAGUGGGAUACAGACCAAUGGAAGACUGAGAACUAUAUCAAUGAGAGCACAGAAGCCCAGAGUGAACAGAAAGGGCAGGAGUCAAGUGAGCUCACAAAAGAAGUUCCAGGUUAUGGCUAUAACGACAAACUCAUCUUGGCAAUAUCUGUGACUGUAGUAGUAAGGAUUUUGAUUAUGGUUUUCUGUCUCAUUGAGACUGACAUGUACUUCAUUCUUAUAUUGCAAAAUAUAUUCUGGGGAUUUUUAAAGGAACUUUCCAUUGCCAGGAGAUUUAUGGAUUGUAAACAAGGCAACAAGCCAUUAGACUGUGUUGGGACAUUAGGUUUAAGAAGGCCAAGUUAA